GCUCCGCCUCCCGCAGCUCCGCAGCAGCAGAGCGCAGGCAGCCUCCGUCCCGCCAUGGCCUUCUCGCAAGUGCAGUGCCUGGACGACAGCCACGUCAACUGGCGCUCGAGCGAGGCCAAGCCCGAGUUCUUUUACAGCGAGGAGCAGCGCCUGGCCCUAGAGGCGCUGGUGGCCCGCGGCCGCGACGCCUUCCACGAGGUGCUGCGCCGGGAGAACAUACGCGACUUCCUGUCGGAGCUGGAGCUGCGCCACAUCCUGGAGGCCAUCGAGGUGUACGACCCGGGCUCCGAGCACGCGCCCCAGCCUGGAGACGGAGACCCCCAGCCUGGGGGAGACCCCGGUGGUCCCGCGCCGCCGCCCUCGCUCGAGUACUGGCCUCAAAAGUCUGACCGCUCCAUCCCACAGCUCGACCUGGGCUGGCCCGACACCAUCGCCUAUCGCGGGGUCACCCGCGCCAGCGUGUAUAUGCAGCCCCCCAUCGACGGCCAGGCCCACAUCAAGGAGGUGGUGCGCAAGAUGAUCGGUCAGGCCCAAAAGGUGAUCGCUGUUGUUAUGGACAUGUUCACUGAUGUGGACAUCUUCAAGGACCUGUUGGAUGCUGGAUUCAAGCGGAAGGUGGCGGUGUACAUCAUCGUGGAUGAGAGCAGUGUGCAGUAUUUCCUGCACAUGUGCGAGCGUGCCCACAUGCACCUGGGCCACCUGAAGAAUCUCCGGGUCCGGUGCAUUGGGGGCACUGAAUUCUUCACCCGCUCGGCCACCAAGUUCAAGGGCGCCCUGGCCCAGAAGUUCAUGUUUGUGGACGGAGACCGGGCCAUCUGUGGCUCUUACAGCUUCACUUGGUCAGCUGCCAGGACUGACCGCAAUGUGAUCUCCGUGCUGUCAGGCCAGGUGGUGGAGAUGUUUGACCGGCAGUUCCAGGAGCUAUACCUCAUGUCGCACAGUGUCAGCCUCAAGGGUGUCCCCAUGGACAAGGAGCCUGAGCCUGAACCCAUCGUGCUGCCCUCUGUGGUCCCCCUAGUGCCUUCGGACACCGUGGCCAAGAAGCUUGUCAACCCCAAGUAUGCACUAGUCAAGGCCAAGAGCGCUGAUGAGAUCACCAAGACAUGCUCGGAGAAGCAGGACGGUAAGAAGGCAGUGGUGCUUCGUGGCCCGGCACUGGAAGAGGGGCCCAGUGUCGCCCCUGAGCCUCCACUGCCCAUACACCCUGGGUUGCUACACCUGGAGCGGGCCAACAUGUUUGACUACCUGCCCACAUGGGUAGAGCCUGACCCUGAACCCGGCAGUGACAUCCUAGGCUAUAUCAACAUUAUCGAUCCCAACAUCUGGAACCCGCAACCCAGCCAGAUGAACCGCAUCAAGAUCCGAGACACCUCCCAGACCAGUGCCCAACUGUGGCGUCAGGCCCAGGACCGUGGCACCAGCCCCUCACCCACAGCCCCCCACAAUGAGGGCCUAGCCCAGAAUGGUCUCCCCCAGAGUGACUCAGAGCCACAGCCCCCCAUCCCCAAGCCCCGAACGGUCCCCGUGGCAGACGUGCUCACCCAUGAUGUUGAUGACGGUGGUGGUGUAAGCUGGACCCCAGAGGCCUUCUCAGAGGAGAAGGCCUCUCAGAAUGGAACAGACCACAAGCUGCCCAGAGCAGUAGGCCAUGCCUCCCUGCAGCGCCAGCUGUCUGUGACCCAGGAUGACCCUGAUGGCAGGUGCCCUAGUGUGCCCAAUGGGCUAGAAGCAGAAGAGGAGGAGGAUGACGACGACGACGACGACUAUGUGACACUUAGUGACCAGGACAGCCUUUCUGACAGCUCAGGGAUGGGCCCUGGCCUGCGGCGUCCCUCACUAGCUGCCUCCUCCGUGUCUGAUGAGUAUUUUGAGGUGAGGGACCAUUCAGUCCCUCCCCGGAGGCGCCACUCAGAGCAGGUGCCAUCUCAACACCCCCGCCGACAGAUGAGUGCCCCCCACAUGACCCGAGGGACCUUUGGCGGGCCCCUGGGUAGCUCCGCAUGGGUCCAAGGCCAGGAGAGAGAAGAGACCAGCACUUCGAGGAGGACGCACUCUGCAGACAAGGAGCUACAGGGCCAGCACUUCCACCAUUAUGGAGGUCCUGCCAGGGACAAAGAUGGCUUCCCACGGCCACUGAGGACCCCAGGCCCCCCACAGUACCGCACAGCUGCUGACGGCACUCGGAGCUCCACCAGGAAGGCAGGCCCCACCAUGCCAAGCACCCCCCACUGGCCAGCCAAGGGUGGCACUCUGCCCCGUACGCUGCCCACCCCUGGGAGCCCAAGGCCUGCCCGGAAUACUCCACCCCUGGUUGAUGGCAGGGGCUCUGAGGGCCACGCAAGCCCCUUUGGGAUCCCCUACUCCAAACUGUCACAGACAAAGCACCUAAAGGCCAGGACAAGCCAGUGGGCCACACCUGAUUCCAGGCGGAAGGCCCAGGCCCCCCAGGACCUCAAGGAACCCUAGCAGCCAGCCUCCCAAGUGGUGGGCAGGCAGGCUCCAGGGGUCUCACCUGGUCA